CUUCAUCCUACCAAACCACCCACACACCAACACCAUGAGCAAGGUCGCCUCUCAGAUCCACCGCGCCUGGUGGAAGGAAUGCUCGGUCUAUCAGAUCUGGCCUGCAUCCUACAAAGAUUCCAACGAUGAUGGCAUCGGCGACAUUCCCGGUAUCAUCUCCAAGCUGGAUUACAUCAAGAACUUAGGGGCGGAUAUUGUCUGGUUGUGUCCGUCGUACAAGUCGCCUCAGGUGGACAUGGGCUAUGACAUUGCCGAUUACUACAGCAUCGCGGAUGAGUAUGGCACGGUCGCGGAUGUCGAGAAGUUGAUUCAGGGGUGUCAUGACCGUGGAAUGAAGCUCCUUAUGGACUUGGUCGUCAACCAUACCAGUGAUCAACAUGAAUGGUUCCAGAAAUCUCGCAGCUCCAAGGAUAAUGAGUAUCGGAAUUGGUAUGUGUGGAAGCCGGCGAGGUACGAUGAGCAGGGGAACCGACAGCCCCCGAAUAAUUGGGUGUCGCAUUUUCAGGGUAGCGCCUGGCAAUGGGAUGAGCAUACCCAGGAAUAUUACCUCCACUUGUAUGCGACCGAACAACCCGACCUGAACUGGGAACAUCCACCUGUUCGCAAGGCCGUCCACGAUAUCAUGCGUUUCUGGCUGGACAAGGGCGCAGAUGGAUUCCGUAUGGAUGUCAUCAACUUUGUUAGCAAAGACCAACGAUUCCCAGAUGCGCCUGUCAAGGAUCCUCGAACUCCUUGGCAGUGGGGGGAUAAAUAUUAUGCCAACGGGCCAAGACUACAUGAAUACUUCCAAGACCUGGGGAAGAUUUUGAAGGAGUAUGACGCGUUCAGUGUCGGUGAGAUGCCAUUUGUCAAGGACACCGAGGAGGUCCUUCGCGCUGUGCGCUACGACCGAAAUGAACUCAACAUGAUCUUCAACUUUGAGCAUGUGGACAUUGAUCACGGCACAUACGACAAGUUCGAGCCUGGAAGUUGGAAGCUCACCGACCUAAAGGCCUUUUUUGACACAUGGCAGAAGUUCAUGUACGCCAACGAUGGUUGGAAUGCACUGUACUGGGAGAACCACGAUCAGCCCCGGUCGAUUGAUCGCUAUGCACAAGCAAAGGAGGAGUUCCGCACCGAGGCAGGUAAAAUGCUGGCCACUGUUCUCGCCUUGCAGUCUGGUACGCCGUUUGUGUACCAGGGGCAGGAACUAGGAAUGAGAAACGUUCCGCCUGAGUGGGACAUUAGUGAAUACAAGGACAUUGACUGUCUUAAUCACUGGCACCGACUCUUGAAGCAUAGGCCAACAGACACGGAGGCACAAAAAAGCGCUCGGGCGGAAUACCAGAAGAAAUCCCGAGACAAUGGCCGCACACCGGUCCAGUGGUCCAAUGCGCCAAACGGUGGAUUCACCGGUCCCAAUGCAAAGCCUUGGAUGACCGUCAACCCGGACUAUGUGCGAGUUAAUGCGGAAGCGCAGGUGAAUGAUCCAAAUUCAACCUACAACUACUGGGCCUCGGUCCUAGCACUGCGCAAGAAGUACCUGGAUAUUUUUGUCUAUGGUGAUUAUGAACUGGUGGAUAAAGAUAGCCAGGAUAUCUUUGCAUACACCCGUCAGUAUGAGGAUCAGAAGGCUUUGGUGCUCACUAACUGGACGGAGGGAACUCUGGAGUGGGAUUCUACUGCCAAUGGUGUGAAGGGGGUAAAGGCGGUGCUCCUGAACUCGUAUGAAGGUGCAGACGAAGUAAAGGAGAGAUUCUCGAGGCAGAAAUGGUCUCUUCGGCCGUAUGAAUCGGUUGUUCUGCUUGUGGAAGCCUAGGUCAAGAUAUCUUGGAGGAUAAUAUCAG